UGAGCAGCGAGAUCGAGGGACAGAGUCUCAGCCUUGCCGCUGCCGCCGCCCAGAGAUUGCUGAUUCCCCCGUCCCCGUCCGCCCGCCGCCACCCACUCCGGACACAGAACAUCCAGUCAUGGAUAAAAAUGAGCUGGUGCAAAAGGCCAAACUGGCUGAGCAGGCUGAACGAUAUGAUGACAUGGCAGCCUGCAUGAAGUCUGUAACUGAGCAAGGAGCUGAAUUAACCAAUGAGGAGAGGAAUCUUCUCUCAGUUGCUUAUAAAAAUGUUGUAGGAGCCCGUAGGUCAUCUUGGAGGGUCGUCUCAAGUAUUGAGCAAAAGACGGAAGGUGCUGAGAAAAAACAGCAGAUGGCUCGAGAAUACAGAGAGAAAAUUGAGACGGAGCUAAGAGAUAUCUGCAAUGAUGUACUGUCUCUUUUGGAAAAGUUCUUGAUCCCCAAUGCUUCACUAGCAGAGAGCAAAGUUUUCUACUUGAAAAUGAAAGGAGAUUACUACCGUUACUUGGCUGAAGUUGCUGCUGGUGAUGACAAGAAAGGAAUUGUGGAUCAGUCACAACAAGCAUACCAAGAAGCUUUUGAAAUCAGCAAAAAAGAAAUGCAACCAACGCAUCCUAUCAGAUUUGGUCUGGCUCUUAACUUCUCUGUGUUCUAUUAUGAGAUUCUGAACUCCCCGGAGAAAGCCUGCUCUCUUGCAAAGACAGUUUUUGAUGAAGCCAUUGCUGAACUUGAUACGUUAAGUGAAGAGUCAUACAAAGACAGCACACUAAUAAUGCAGUUACUGAGAGACAACUUGACAUUGUGGACAUCGGAUACCCAAGGAGACGAAGCUGAAGCAGGAGAAGGAGGGGAAAAUUAACCGACCUUCUAAUUUUUGUCUGCCUCAUUCUAAAA